AUGGCAUCCAAUCGCACCAGACCAGUUACCACAUUCCAAGGCCGAUGUUUGAUCAACGGAUCAGCAUCUGCCGAACUACUAUACAGUUCGACCAGCCUCAGUUUCUGGGGCGGAGUAAAUCCCGAGACGGGCGACGUUGUGGAUCACCACCAUCCCUUGCGAGGUGAAUGCAUAGCUGGUCGGAUCCUUGUUAUCCCCUGUGGUCGCGGAUCCUGUACUGGCAGCACUGUGAUGCUCGAGCUCCUGCUCAACCAGUGUUCUCCGGCGGGUUUGAUAUUCGAGCAGGCGGAGGAAAUAUUAACACUAGGUGUGUUAGUGGGGAAAGCUCUCUUUGAACGCUCGAUCCCUGUCGUGGUACUUUCAUCUGCUGGUUUUCAUGCUCUACGUGACUGGCAAUUCGCAGCGAUCGAUACGGGGCGGGUUCAGCUUAGUGACGUGCCUUUGUCAACUCCAGCAUUGCAGCUCUAUUCUAUAGGUAACCAGGUUGACCUCUCUGAGUCGGCCAAAAAUGUCCUUGCUGGAAAAGGUGGUGCGGCGGCGAAAAAGGCCCUCAGUAUAAUCCUUCAAUUUGCCGUCAUUCAAGGUGCGACCCGUCUUAUUGAUGUCUCGCGCGCUCACAUCGACGCUUGCAUCUACACCGGCCCAGCUAGCCUUACAUUCGCACAGACCUUUCAAAACCUAGGUGCUCAGUUCGUGGUUCCGACGACGUUGAAUUCUAUAUCGAUUGACCAGCGCCGAUGGAAGGAGCUCGGGAUAGAUCCUGAGCUAGCAUGUCAGGCCGGCACACUUGCCAACGUGUAUCUUUCCAUGGGCGCACAGCCCAGUUUUACAUGUGCGCCGUACACUCUGGACAAUGCACCGAAAGAAGGCGAAAAUAUUGGCUGGGCAGAAUCAAAUGCGGUCGUCUUUGCAAAUAGCGUUCUUGGGGCCCACACGCAGAAAUAUCCCGAUUUCAUUGACGUGUGCAUCGCUUUGACCGGGCGAGCUCCUUCAGCCGGGUGUCAUACGACCGAAGGGCGUCGUCCGAGCAUUUUGGUUCAAGUACAUACGGACAUAGGCGCGAUCGAUGAUUCUUUCUAUCCAGUCCUGGGGUACUUGAUCGGGAAGAUUGCCCAACAUCGCAUUCCUCUAGUUUGUGGAGUUGAACACCUAUCCCCGCAUCGAAUAGAUCUCAAAGCCUUCAGCGCUGCCUUCGCCACUACUUCCUCUGCGGCAAUCUUUCAUAUGAAGGGAGUGACUCCUGAAUCUGGACAAUUCGCUAGCCUCGAGUCUGAUCUGCCCCAAUUUGAAAUCACAGCCUCCGAGAUCCAAGAAUGUCGACGAGCCCUGAACUCCGCCACCGACCCAUCUGUCGGCCUCGUCUCUCUCGGAAACCCUCAUUUCGCUAUCGAAGAAUUCGAGCGCGUAUCCCACCUUUGCAAGUCACGGAAGAAAUUGCCAUCUAUCGAAUUCAUCAUCACCACCAGUCGUAGCACAUAUGAGCAAGCUUCCGCAGCCGGGAUCAUUACCAUUUUAAAAGAAUUCGGCGCGACAAUCAUCACAGAUACAUGCUGGUGCAUGCUCGGGGAGCCCGUUGUACCGAAAUCGGCCAGGAACAUCAUAACAAACUCGGGUAAAUAUGCCCAUUACGCGCCUGGAAUGGUCAAUCGGGGCGUUCAUUUCGGUAGCCUGGCGCAGUGCGUGGAUGCCGCUUGCACAGGGCAGUUUAUUGAUCCGUUGGAUAGUUCUCAGUCAGGGUUACGAUGA